AUGUCCCCUUAUCGUCUGAUAUUUGUCAAAUCCUGUCAUCUUUCGGUUGAGAUGGAACAUAGGGCGUAUUGGGCGGUGAAACAAUGCAACAUGCGGAUGGAUGAUGCAAGAGAGCAAAUGAAAUUGCAGUUACAAGAAUUAGAGGAAAUCCGCAAUGACGCCUAUGAGAACUCGCGAAUUUACAAGGAGAAGACAAAGGCUUUUCAUGAUCAAUUGAUCUCUAGGAAGAAUUUUUGUGUUGGUCAAAAAGUUCUACUUUUUUAUUCUAGACUCAAACUUUUUCCUGUGGAAAUUCGAAGUCCAAAAACCAACAAGGUUUUCAAGGUCAAUGGUCAUCGUCUUAAACCUUUUUAUGAAGGAUUUCAAGCAUAUACUAUCGAGGAAUUGGCUCUUGAAGAGCCUACUUAUUCUGAUUGA